UAACUGAGCGCGAAAUUUGUCUUUUCGAUCGAAAUUUUAAUUUCGCACGUAUUAUACAAAUCUUGCUAAUUUUAAAUAAUUAACCGCGUGUAAGUGUAUGCAGCUCAAAGUUUAAUAUGGAAGACUUUCAAAAAAUAGAAAAGAUUGGUGAAGGUACAUAUGGUGUGGUGUAUAAGGGACGCAACCGAGUAACUGGUCAAAUAGUUGCAAUGAAAAAGAUUCGUCUAGAGUCUGAUGAUGAGGGAAUUCCAUCGACGGCAAUAAGAGAAAUAUCCUUACUGAAAGAACUUAAACAUCCAAAUAUUGUUUGUCUUGAAGACGUGCUAAUGGAAGAAAACAGAUUGUACUUGAUCUUUGAAUUUUUAUCUAUGGACUUGAAAAAAUAUAUGGAUUCAUUACCACCAGAAAAAUCAAUGGAAACUGAGUUGGUUCGAAGCUAUUUAUAUCAAAUUACAAAUGCAAUUUUAUUUUGUCAUCGUCGCCGUGUCCUUCAUCGCGAUUUAAAACCACAAAAUUUACUCAUUGAUAAGAAAGGUGUAAUUAAGGUUGCGGACUUUGGACUUGGUAGAUCAUUUGGAAUACCAGUCCGCAUUUACACUCAUGAAAUCGUGACCCUUUGGUACAGAGCUCCAGAAGUAUUGUUGGGUUCACAGCGAUACUCAUGUCCAGUGGACAUUUGGUCUAUUGGUUGCAUAUUCGCCGAAAUGGCUACAAGGAAACCACUUUUCCAAGGCGACUCCGAAAUCGACCAGCUGUUUAGAAUAUUCAGAAUUCUAAAGACGCCUACUGAGGAGACAUGGCCAGGUGUUACUUCGCUCCCGGACUAUAAAAACACUUUUCCGUGUUGGUCAACAAAUCAACUUACUAACCAGUUGAAAAAUCUUAAUGAUCGCGGUGUCGAUUUAAUUCAAAAGAUGCUUAUUUAUGAUCCUGUUCACCGCAUAUCUGCAAAAGACAUUCUUGAACACCCAUAUUUUGACGGAUUUAAAAUGAAAUUUAUAAAGAAUGAAAACGAAAAAUAAUACAACUUUAUUUAAACUUUUACAAUAUUAUUUUAUUAUACAUAAUUUAAUGCGUUUAUUCCAAUAUAAAUCAUAACGAAAAUAGUAA